AGUCGCCCGAAGUAGGUGCUGCUGAAGAAGCAAAAGAAAAAUUAGUCUCCGACUUAGUGCUUCCGAAAGUAGCAAAUAAUUUAGCUAUUUUUUCUCGGAAACUUGUGCUAAUAAACGCAGACACUCAGUGCGAAACGGAUGUGAUAGGUUUAGCGGCACCAUGGACGGCUUCUGUGCCGGGAAAAGUGUUUUCCACAGGGCACCCCGAGUGCAGUCGUAGGGAAAAGUGAACCAACAGAGAGGAGAAAAAAAUAUUCCAGCCUGACGUCACGCAGCAGCCGUAGCCGUCGUCGCAUCGUUCUCGAAAGGUGUGUAUACAUGGCCGACUGGAGGAACUGCUGCUACUAGCGCUGCCUGGUUCAGGAGUUUAUGUGUGCGUGUUUUCUAACAAAGUGAACCGAAGUUGAAAAGAGCGGAAUCGUGGCACAGUUGAAGACGUCUCCACACAUAAUCAAACGAGCUUACAAAACGCGAAGAAUUGAAAUCUGAAGUGACUUUUGUUCAGUGACAUUCUUGUAAUUUUGUAGUGCUUUAAAUCUAGUGACCAGCUUGUUUCAAAACUUCCCUAACAGUGUACACGAUACACACAUAAAACUUACACCAUGGAUGAUAAAAACUCCUCCGGUAGCGGAGGCGGAGGCAGUGGUGGCUACAGCGGUGGUGAGACCAAGGUCAUCUAUCACAUCGACGAUGAGACUACACCCUAUCUGGUGAAGAUUCCGCUACCCUCAAGCCAAGUCAUGCUGAAGGACUUCAAACUGGUCCUGAACAAACAGAACAUCAACUAUAAGUAUUUUUUCAAAUCGAUGGACGCCGACUUCGGUGUGGUGAAGGAGGAAAUUGCAGACGAUUCCACCAUAUUGCCGUGCUUCAACGGGAAGGUUGUAUCCUGGCUGGUGACGGCCGACGGCUCAAACCAAUCCGACUGCUCGGAAAUGCAGCCCACGGAAAUGAUCGACGGGAGGCCCACGCUAGCGCAGCUACGAACUAUGAAUAAACCGAUGAACAAUAUGAUGACCAUGCCGAUGAAUCCUCUGACGUACCAAUCGGCAUCGGUUGUCUCCAGCGAUCUGGAUUCGACCAGUCUUUUCGAAACCGAGAGCGAAAUCACUUUGGACAGAGACAUGACUGAGUGCAGUAGUGUGCAGCGAUUGCAGGUUCGGAAAAAGCCACAGCGACGCAAAAAGCGAGCCCCCUCGAUGUCCCGGACAUCCUCGUACAGUUCCAUCACCGACUCGACCAUGUCGCUCAACAUAAUUACGGUGCAGAUCAACAUGGACACGGUGAACUUCCUGGGAAUAUCGAUCGUAGGACAUCGGGAUACUGAUUCCCGAAAUCGAGUCGGUGACGGCGGAAUCUACGUGGGCAGUAUUAUGAAGGGCGGUGCUGUCGCGCUGGACGGACGGAUCGAACCUGGCGAUAUGAUACUGCAGGUUAACGAUGUAAACUUCGAGAAUAUGACUAACGAUGAGGCGGUUCGUGUACUGCGGGAAGUGGUGCAACAAUCGGGCCCUAUCAAACUAGUCGUUGCCAAAUGUUGGGAUCCGAAUCCUAAGGGAUAUUUCACAAUCCCACGCACCGAACCUGUGCGUCCGAUUGAUCCGGGCGCGUGGGUUGCCCAUACUGCGGCUCUUCGCUCGCGGGAUACCAUCAACACAGAUCUCCCCGAGUCCGUCAUGGAGCGACUACACGUCGACAUGGACAUGAAGGAUAUUGUACGUGCAAUGACCAAACCCGACAGCGGGCUCGAAAUCCGGGACCGAAUGUGGUUGAAAAUCACUAUUGCUAACGCAUUCAUCGGAGCCGAUGUAGUCAAUUGGAUUCUGGAGAACGUUGACGGUAUCGGUGAUCGACGAGACGCUCGCAAGUACGUCUCGCUAAUGCUCCGGCGGGGCUACAUCAAGCACACCGUCAAUAAGCUUACCUUUUCCGAGCAGUGCUACUACGUGAUCGGAAACGGAAUCCGGCAGGACAUCUCCAAUAUGUCGCUGGACGAUACGGAGAGCAUGCUCAGCGAUAUUGCACCGCUGCCGAAUCCGCCGAUCUACAUGACCUACUCGGGCAAUUACAACCCCUCGCAUGGGUACCAGCCGAUUCAGUACGGGUGCACUGGUGAACGACAUCCAUCGUCCGGUUCAAGCAGCUCCGACAUCCUCACCAGCAAGGAUACUUCCGCGUCGCAGAGCGACAUUGCGGCGGUCAUUCAGCAGACCAACCAGAUGACCAUUGCCAACGCUUCCAACAAAUCGUCGGGAUCCUCGAACCGCGGUAAUGAGCAAGACAUGUCAGAGUUUAAGCAGAGUGGCGGGCUCAUCCGGGGCACCACCGGCAAGCAGAUGCCACACCAACUGACCAGCGGCAGUGCCAACGACGACGAGGGCUACGAGGAGAGUCUGUACUUCCAGCCAACGAGAACCCUGCGGAAGGACCAAUCAGCGACGGUCACUUACUACAACAACAGCAGCAAGUGAGUUGUUGUUCUACUAUCGACUAAGAUUAUAGGGAUAUUUAGGAGGUUUUCAGAGGAAUGUAAAGCGUCAGAAAGAGCGGGGGAGGUAUAGCAUCACUGCAAUGAAUCUCGAAUGGAAGAAUUGACUUAGCGUAUCAAUUAGCAUUCUUGAAAUUUUUAUGACGAGGGUUUUUCUCGCAAAAACUCAAUGAAUUAUCUAGAAAUCGUAUGAUAACUUUUAAAUUUAUUUCUAUUCAUAAAUACUUUGUUUACAUACAAUGUGUGAUCGAUAGAUUCAGGUUAAACUUACCGAUUUGCGCUUAUAAAAAUCUUCCCGGGAAUACAGUUCAUGCUUUUUUCUUCCAAAAAUCAAAAUACUAAAUUAAGUAAGAUACAUUGACGUAUGAUUUUUGAAUUAGUAACAGUGCCAUCUGUUGACAUAAACACAAACUUUUUGAAUAAGUGAAAAUUUACCUGACAUUUUUUUAAAAAGUGAACGAUAGCAUCUUACAACCUAAAUCAGCUGUAUUCAACCUUUUUUCAGAUGGGCCACAAAUACGUGUUAGUCAUGGUUUCGCGGGCCACAAAAAAUAAAGAUAAAUAAAGAAGGGUGGUACCCAAAACACAACCGUACUGUUAACGGAGGUCUUUUCACCUUCAGAUUUCCACCGAAGAACGUAGCUCUUACCGCUGAAAAUACCUUCCUGACAUCCGGCAUGAAAGACGCUGCAUCUUUGACGCCGCUUCUAACCCGGAAACCAUGUUCGAAAUUACAAAAAAAAAAUUGAUCAGGAAAAGCCACCAAUAAGCUAGUCACGAUUUAUCUGUCAUCCUGUUAGCGACCAGAUGGCAGUGGCAGCGAGGUUUCCAAAUGGCCUUUCUCAAGGCCGAGUGUUUAGUUUAACUUUCUAGUUUGGCGGAGAGAACAUCAUCAUUAUUACAACAAUAAAUCCGAAAUUCAUAGAAGCUCUCUUCCAGCAAAAAAUUAUAAUCGUUUUUGUUUAUUUCAAAUAUUUAAAAAAAAAUGCUUUUUGGUCGUUUUUUUUGUAGCCCUGAAAAGAACCGAUGGGUUUGCGUGAUUCUGUAGAAGCAGUUGAAGAUGGGUGAUUAAUGAUUCGUUCUUAUUCUCACGAGAACAAUACACGAGAGUUGUAUCUUUUUUGCCAAUGCACGUAGCGCACACAGUAUGGGUUGCGAAUAUUCUUCUCGUGCUAGACACAGUGCGAUUACCAAUUAUCCGAGACGAUUACAUAUUUGUUCCCCCAUUCCUCCCGUAAUUUAUUCGAUAACGUAUACAAUCAACAAUUCGUGUACAAUUCGAACGACGCGACACGUCCUAUUCAAUAUUCCUCUUCUGCUUUACUCCUACAUGUCAGUGCAAGCUCUGUACUAUGCCCACUUCGCGUAUAUUCUGACAAUGCAUUCUGAGUAGGCUGACCAAACGUACCGUUUUUUUCGACCAUUUUCGAUUGUCCGUAUUAUUUGUACCGGAAGCAUAAUCCUAAUGGACACAAUUGGAUGGCAUAAAAGAUAAAAAACAUCUGACAAUGUGGAACGAGUAAGAGUUUCAGAUGAGCAGUUGCCGAAACGGUUUGUGCACAAAUAUAUUGUUGUUUUGCUUCGAUUCAAGUUCCAUCUCUACGAAACCUAUUAACUCAGGAAUUUAAUGGAUAUGAUCAUGUCAGUCGCAAAAUGAUGUGUGAAGAAAUGCUUAGACAAUCCUUUCACACACGUUUUUCAUGAGGAUCACCUCCACCCGUGUGGGGUUGCAGAAAUUUCCCAAGGAAACCUAGAGAAAUGUAUUCACACUCUCCAAAGGUUACAGUAUACAGAUAUUGAACCGUUCCGAUUCAGCACGUGGGAUGUUAAAAUGUCGACGAAAAAUUUUUUUUGUCGGAAUCCGAUGUUUAAAAAAAAAGGUUUUUCGAUCCUCAGAAGUUAUUUUACUAUUGGACUUUGUAUCGAGCAAAACCGUUGCAUGUGACAUCAGCAUUAGUUAGAGCGAGGUGAAGUUGAAAAAGUAAUUUAUAAACAAUUUAUGAAUUGGUAUAAUCUCUUUUCUGAACAGUGUCCGUACGAACGAACACUGCAUUUGCAUUUCAAGCGAGCGAUUUACGCAUGCCUUAUUCGCAGUGGUAUAGAAAAGUAUACCUCACAACUCCACUCGUUUCUCGGUGUAGAGAGCAUGGAAAUACGUAGAACAAAUAUAUGGGAAUAUGGGAAUAUGCUUCUAAUUUUCUUUAAUUGAAACCAUUUAUGGAUUGGGGAAUCAUAAUGUAAUACAUAUCAAACAAUUUGAUUGUAAUGCAAAUAAUGCACAUCCGUUGGCAGCAAAUAUAGUUUUUAAAGUCAAAAUUUUUCUAUAAAAACGUGGCAUGUUUUUUGAUUUGGCACCCUUACUGAAGGACGUGGUCUUGACGUAGGACUAAUUAUUUCAGAUGAAAUUACAACAUUGCGUUAAAGAACAUACAAAAACAGAAGGCUAGUCUAGAAGAAAGAGAACAAUAUAUUCCUGAAUUGCGAGAGAUUCAAAGUGACAUUAAUGAAAAAAAAAUAUUAAAUUGAAAUUAAUGAGUUAAAUAUUUUCAAAAAACACGAAAUUAUUUCUAGGAAUUCGUGAAGUUUACUGAUUUUAUUUUGUGUUUGCCUGGUAGUAUCGCACCAGUUGGAAGAAAUUUACUACGAUGAUUAACAUUUGGAUAACAGAAAAACACGACGCUAUUAUAAUUGUCAUACAGAACGGAACUUCCAAAAAUCAUGAUCUCCUUCGCAAAAUUUUUUCAGCAUCUAAAUAUACUAUGUACGUAUAUAUGUACUUCUAAGUAGGUUAAAUUGAUUGGUUUUAUUCACUCAAUAAAAAUCAAAAAUAUUAUGAAUUUUUGUUUAUUUUUUGGGUUUGCGUGCCCCGUUUUUAUUCCUGAACUAUUUGGUCAGCCUAAUUCUGAGGCGAAAAACUUUGCACACGGUAGCAAAAUAGAAACUGAGGUUAGCCAGUGCGACCACAAUAUUCAUAGUGCUGUCACGGCCAUUAGACGACAUGCAUCAACCGCUAACCAAUUAUGACUUCAAUGAACUUUCGAGCAUAUUUUCAGAUUUUUCUGAUUUCAAUUGUUUGCUUCCAAAGCAGUUUUUGGGUCAGUAAGAAGCAAACAUGACUCAUACAAGUUGUAUCAUUCAAAAGUGAUUGCAAUAUCACUUGUUUCAUUCGACACAGAGUUAUUAACGUUCGAAUCAUUGCACCCCAAAUGUAACGCUCUCGUUUUCCAAAUUUAUACGCCCUAGUACAGAUGCAGAAAUGGAGUGGUGCAAACAUACAGAAGCACUAUUUACCAGACGAAUUCUUGGUGCAUCCACAGAAUAAAAUCACACCACCGUGUUCGAUGUCCAUCUUCCAUUCUUCCUUUAUAUCGAGCAGCUGUUUCUAGCAUCAGCAUUGAAAAAGACUGUCGUCUGCUAGCUGAAGCCAGACUGUGACUUGGAUAAUUAUGGUCAUAGUUUAAAUUAACUUGUUGAAUGACGCUAACGUGCCCAGUAGAACUUCCGCCGUCUCAAAGUAGGCAUUGACUAGCGUUAGUUUCAUUAGUACUUAGUUCAGAUUUCUUUUGACAAAUAACAUGCCUUGAAUGUAUUUUAAGUGGCAAGCUCUAGAGUAAGCGUGUACCAGGUCGGAAGAAAUUUGACGAAAAGUCUCCCGGUUAGAGCGGGAAUCGAACUCAACCCCGGGAUGAUAAUGUGUGCGUUGGUUUGAAUCAGUGGCGUUUCGUCCCAUUGUUUAAACUUUUCAUAGGACAGGUAGACAAUUUCAGAAAAAAAAAGCGUAUUAUUUCACAAUUGUAACAUAGAUGAGGAAAAAUCGAAGAUCAUUUAUUUGUAAUUUUCAAAUUAUCUCGCAUAUUCUUAUUUUCUCUAUUAUUUGGGUGAAACUUCUCCACCGUGAAGAUUGUAAUCUGAUGGCUAUACUUGACUACACCACAAAAUCCACUACGAAUUAAGCAGUAAUGACUUCCGGGUUCAUACCUUUCAUCUGAACCCGCCGUCAUUCAAUCACUUUUCUGCAUCUUCAAGCGCGACAGGGCAAACGCAGUCAGCUAUGUAUGAAGCGAUCACUACUACUAAUGCGCCGCCUUGCGUAAAAAUGACAUUUGUGGUUUAUUUGAGGUGCUGAACCGAUGGAAACGAUAGGAAACACACCCACACACACACACCUUGACCGCCGCCAGGGAUCCCGCGUUCCAGGAAGUGAUAAACAACAAUGUUUUCAGCGGAACGUCCGGUGGAAUUCCGAACUUUGAUGCUGAAACAUGUACUACAGCCAGAGGUCUUCACACAUUCAUGCUUGAGUUCAACACUGUGUUCUUGCUCAAACUGUUUUGCGUGUAGACCAUCAUUUAGACAACACGCUCAAAGAUGCAAUUGAUGAAUCUGGCGAAAUAAUGAAUGACGUAACGUUAUCAAUUGUCUUCGUUUAUAUGUCUCGAUAAUUGACUAAAUGACGAAACGGUUUAAAGAACUAGAUGAAUACAAAUUCAUCGCAUUGCUGAAUAAUGAACAAUUUCCCGAUCUCAUCGUCGCAUUCCCUACUGGCAAUUUGAAAAAGCUUAUUUCAUACCACUCGAUAUUCGAGUAUUUAUAAUGAGUUGACCUUUUUUUACUCAACCGAAGAGUUUAGGGGCAAACAUAUUAUAGGCAUAAUUUCAAUUAUCGUUGGAUCAAACCUGCAUCAAACCUUCCCCAAAUCGAUCCGGCUGGCCAGAAUGAUAGAAUUUUUUGUGUUCUCCGACGGAUCAAGAAUUAAUUGCGGUCAAGAUCGGACCAGAAACGAUUUUUUUUAUUUGGAUUAUGAUGUUUACUGUGGGAAAAGAUUUCCAUUAUGAGAUGAUACCGAUGUCAUUAUUUUAUGAAGAAAAUAUAGAUAAGUUCGCGCUCAUAGUUGACCGUAGGAUUGCUUUGUUAUGUAGAUAAAUGUUAAGAAAUAACAAUGUGCUAAUAUGCCAUCACAAUACUGUUAUUUUAAUUUUGCAAAUGUUGAUUGCACAGGUAGCUCGAUUGGCCACGCGUCGCCUCUGGUUUGAAUUAUAGAGGCUUUAAAGCUUAUCAGCACUAAGAAGGCCAAGGACUAUUUGGAAAACCUCGCUGCCGUCUGAUCAUUAGCUGGAUUACCGAUCAAUCUUGAAUGUUGUGAAAUCGCGAGUAGCUUGUUUAUAUUCAAAAGAUUGAAAACGGACGGUGCUUGAAUUGCAAUGUUUUUCCAUCACAAUUGUCCGUAGAACGAACGAUGCAUAUGAUAUUUCUAUUUCAUAAAAGCGUGACAACGUGUUUUCUGAUUUGGCAUUAUUACUGAAGGAGUUUUACUAAAAAAAAGGUUUCUAGCAUUUUCCUUAUUGUUACACAUACAAUUUUGUUAAAAAUAAAGUAACCCCUGAUGGGCCCACCUGAUAAGCACGCUGAGCCACAUAUAGGCUGCGGGCGCAGGUUGAGUAUAGUUGACUUAGAUUAACGCGUUGCAUGUAUCCUUUUCUGCAAUUCUCUUUCCGCGACACCGCCCGUCACAAUUCGUUUCACAUGCCAUUCGAAGGCAGGUUGCCUCACCUCCCCCCACAAAUGGAACAAUCUAGACAGAAUAUACGAUUGACGCAAGAACUAGAACAACAGGCCAAAAUCACACGAUAAAACUGUAACCAAACAGAGUGUGUUGUUAGGUGGAGCAAUAGGAAAAAUGUUUUCGCCAGUGCUGCUCAGAGAUGGACGGCUCAAAUCGAGUUGAGGAAGAAAGUGCAAACAAAUUGAAACAAAGAAGCGGGGCAUAAUUUAUGUACAGAAUAAAAUUUGGCCGGGAAAAACUUUCUCACUGAUAGCCUUUUCAUUUAUUUCUGCUUUUUUAUCCUUUCCCGAAGAAGCUUUAAUUUUGUCUAGAGAAACACAACCGAUAGUAAGUCUAGGAUUUUCUGUAUACAGAUUUGAUUUGUUGUCUGUAUGUCCUUCCGGUAAUAACAAAAGGCGCCCGAGUAUACACCUUUCUCUGUAACCAUCCUGGGGUAGUGGAAGAGAAGACGGUGAGCACACAAUGAGUGAAAGCAAAUCAAGUAAACAAAAUUAAACUACAUUAAGCAGUAAGAAAAAACUCGAUCUAGUUCGCUUCACCUAUUUUGUUUUAAAAAUAUAUAUUUUCAUGUCUUACUUUAACGAAAAAAUGUGUGUAAUGGCGUAAAAUGGCAGAACAAAACAAAAUUAUACGAACUCUAUAUUCUAAGGAGAUAAAAGCAAGAGAAACUGUAAAUGUGUUUAUUACUAUGUAUUUAUACAACAGGCAAUCGAGAUUCGAACGAAUUAUAGAACGCGAAAAGGCAUCCUUUGAGUUGACGAGGAAAUACUUCGCUCGUACUUUAGCGUUAUUAAUCUGAAUCUGCUGUUUGAUUGAGAGGAAACUAAAGAUCCAGUUCUGCUCAAAAUACGGGAAAUUGCAUCUGAAUAUCCUAACGCAUAGAGAGGGGGGCUGUGGCCAACCCGCGUAUUCAAAGGGAAAACUAAUACAGGAAAAUACGGCAGAGCACAUUGUUGCGGCUUGGUUUUAAUUUUUCGUUGAAGUGUGGAACGUUGGUUGAUUUUAGUGUGGAAGAGCAUAACUUAAACAGGAAAAGAGAAUGGGAACCACACAAAUAAAGCAGGUAUGAAAAACAAGACUACGUAAGCAAACAUUGAUUGAUAGUGGAAUACAGAAGGAAGAAGAUACACACAAGCUGGGUGACAGAAAGUAUAUUAAAGAAGAACACCCAGCUAAAAACGAAUUUAUACGAAAAAAAAGAUUUAAUGGAAAAUUCAGUGAAGAGAACAAUGGACAAACUAACGUGAAGAGAAGGUAUUUGCUACAAAGAAUGGGAUUAUUAGCUGAAAUAUGGGAUAAGAAGCUGAAAAUAAUAAAUAAAGAAUGGUAAACUAA